AUGUUCAGCAUCAAGCAGACCAGAAUUGUUCGACCCCCACCUGGUCAUGAAGUAACCAAGGUCAGGCCUGCAAAUUUGCCGUAUGUCUAUUUGGUCACCGCAUUCGUGUCCAUGGGCGCUCUUCUCUUUGGCUAUGAUCAGGGCGUCAUGGGGACAAUCGUCGCAGACGAGCGAUGGAUAAACCUGAUGAGACCAAAGAACUCCUGGGUGACUGGAGCGGUCGUCUCCUUGUACGACAUUGGGUGCUUCAUCGGAGCGAUGAGUACCGGAUAUCUUGCGGACCGUUGUGGAAGGGAGCGGACGUUGUCCAUUGCCAGCCUCGUUUUCAUUGUCGGUGCAGUCAUCCAGGCUGCAUCUUAUGAUGUGCCCACUAUCACUGUCGGCCGCAUCAUUCUCGGCUACGGUGUUGGUGCCUGCGCCGCAGGAGUCCCGUUAUACGUAAGCGAGAUCGCGCCUGCAGGCCUCCGCGGGAGAAUCAUUGGCAUCGAACAAAUGAUUCUCUGCCUUGGCGAAUUGAUUGCCUUUUGGCUGGAUUACGGGUUUGCGUAUCUCCAAACGCCGGACUGGUGGCGGAUCCCUCUUGCAAUUCAAGUCAUUCCGGCCGCAGUCCUCGCCGUCGGCUGCUGGGUCUGGGUUCCUCCGAGCCCGAGAUGGUUAGUGCAACAAGAUCGCCACGAGUGCGCCAGAGAAGUUCUUGCCCGCUUUCAUGGCGAUGAGGCAGCGGAACUCGAGAUGCAGGAGAUUGCGGAGAACGUAGCGUUCGAGAAGACAGUGGCCAUGGCAACCUGGACGGAUAUGUUUCGCUGGCCCGUCCUCAGGGUCACCCUGCUGGGCGCUGGUGUACAGUUCUUUCAACAGAUCACAGGAACAAAUUCCAUACUGUAUUAUUCUCCGUCAUUGUUCGAACGUGGAGGCAUUGAAGAUGCGCACACUCGCAAUCUGGCCACAGGAGGGAUUGGAAUUGUCCUUUUCGUUUUCGCCUGGAUACCAAUCUUUGUUUUCGACAGACUUGGGCGGAAGACCUGGCUGCAAAUUGGCGUCGUGGGCAUGAUGUGCGCGAUGAUUGGGAUAACUGUUCUUCAAUGGCACGCCGAACACCACCCAGGAGACAGUGCCAAUUAUGCCGUCAUCGUCUUCCCAUACUUGUUCUAUAUCAGCUUCAAUGUUUCUUGGGGCGUUGGAUCUUGGACAUACGCAUCGGAAAUCUUCCCUGUCACUUAUAGGGCCAAGGGGAACGCCUUGUCGACAAUGAGUCUGUGGGCGGGUUGUUACAUUGUUGCUCAGGCGAGUCCGCCAAUUGGUUCUGCUAUUGGCUGGGGUUUGUACAUCAUUUAUUCCGGGAUUUGUGUACUGGCAUUCAUAUUCGUGCGAUAUGCGAUGGUGGAAACUCGAGGAAGGACUUUGGAAGAAAUGAGCCGAUUGUUCGGCAUUGAGGAGAAGUUGGCAGUGCGUUGUGGCAUCGAUCCUGCGUCAGCACUGCAAACCAGGAAUAAAGAAGUCGUGCAAGAGCGGGUGGAGGAAGUGAACAAGUAA